AUGGAAAAAUGGGGUAGUUGUGUAUGUGCUCAAAGAGGUUGGCAAAGAGGCGCGUACGCCAUCUUGUUCACGGGAUUUCCUGGUCUUAUCUAUUUCGAUUCUGUGAAUAUCUCGCUUAAAUGCGGCUUCUGCAUAAUAAUUCACUUCAUGGCUCAAGAGACUCAGCAAAAUGAACCUCGUGGAUCUAUUAGCCUACGAAAUACUCAACUGCAACAUCCCAACACAUUAGCAAUUAUUAAUAAUUACUCAUCUUCUGGGGAAAUUCAUACGAUCCAGAUAUCCAGUUCAUCGGCUAAACUGCCUACGGCAACAUCCAUCUGUUCUUUGUCAGCAAAUAAUCAACCCAUUCAGUACAUUGGACCGGAGGCCAGGACUUUAUGUGUUCCUGUUUGUGGUGCUCAUUCAUCAUAUUCCCAUUCGAUUGUGCACCGUGCAUCCCCCAAUUCAAAUGUUGGAUAUAAUCCUGGAUCAAUGACUCAUGCUCACUGCAGCACUCCUGCUAGCCAGCCUGAUAUGCUUGAAACAUUGCUAUCCAGAAAUGUAUAUAAUACACAGAUUCAUGCACAGAAUCACUCUCCGCGUGUUCUCGGUCCGUCAAUAGUCGUAACCAACAUACCAAGUCAAAAUCCAUCAAUAAUGAGUAGUCCUGCCAAUAUUCGCAACGCGGCUCCUGUUUCAAGCAGUCACUCAAUAGGUCAGACAUAUACAGCCACUACUAGCGCCCCUUCUGUGGUUGCAACAGAUCCAGAAAAACGUCAACUCAUCCAACAGCAGUUGAUCUUAUUACUUCAUGCUCGCCGUUGUCAGCGCCAAGAAGAUGAGAGCAAUGGACGGAUAAGCCAAUGUACAACACCCCAUUGCAACACAAUGCGUGGAGUUUUACAACACAUGACUUCAUGUACACAAGGUGUGGAUAUAUCUCAACGUAAUCAUGUUGUCCGCAGAAUUGUACGUUUCAUUUUCCCGUUUCCGGAUCCUGCUGCUUAUUCAGAUCCAAGAAUGCGAAAUCUAAUCGAAUAUGCACGCAAAGUUGAACGCGAAAUGUAUGUUACUGCUACAGAUAUUGAUCAUUAUUUUCAUUUGUUGGCUCAGAAGUGUUACAAGAUACACCGUGAGCUAGAAGAAAAACGUAAAAGCCGCCAACUUGGAGUGGACAGUUCAGUAGGGAGUUCUCAGUCUGUAGUAACAUCAUCUUCUGCUGUCAACUCAUCGCAAUUGAAUCAGAGUUUAUCUACAUUGUCUAAUCAGUUGGCUUCACCGUCCAAUUCAGUUUCUUCUACAUUAGGUUCUUGCACAGCAAGCAGAGUUCCGAGCUCCAAUAUUACCAACGGCAACUACAAUUCUUCAACUGAGAGCUAUGAAAUGAAUUCAUUUGCAACUCAGGAUUCAAACAACUCAGAAACCGACAUGUCAAGAUUCGAACAUUAUUUACAAAAUGCUUGCAAUCGUCAUCGUUUCAAGUCAGAUUCAGGAACAGCAGGAUCUUCUGAUUCACCUGUUGUAUCCUCAUCAGUUACAAGUCUGAAAACCGCCACGUCACAGUCCAGUAUUAAAUCAACAAUAGAAGAUACCAAAAUGGUCAGCACUCCAUCUGUAGCUGCCCCAGGAGAUGGCAUCCUUGUUAAAAGCAAAGUAGUAAAGGUUGAAAUGAAAGCUGAUGAGACGCCAUGUAACGAUCCACCAGUGAAUAAUGACUCAUUUUCUGUGGACAACACAUCAAACCUUAAUUCAAGCAGUGUUGCAUUAGCUUCAAACAUGUUACCUGUAAAACCAGAUGAAAGCAAGUGGAAAAAGUGGUCACGCGAAGAGCUUUUGCGCCAUUUCCUCCAGUUGCAUGAAGAAGUAUACAAUGAUAAGUAUGCAGAACCUUUCCGUGCUCCAGUCGAUCCAGUAAUGCUACAUAUACCUGAUUAUUUCCAAGUCAUUAAAGAACCUAUGGACCUUACGACUAUUCGAAAUAAUUUGGAGGAUGAUCAGGUCAUGCAAGCAAUGGGUUUUUGUUGUGGUCAGGAUUAUGAAUAUCAACCUCAGGGUUUGUAUUGUUCUUCUUCAAAUUUAUGUACAAUAAACCGGGAUGCUACUUAUUUCGUCUACAUCAACAAUGAUAAACAAAUCGGCCUCGUAUGUGAUAAAUAUUAUCAAUGUGAAAAAUGUUUUAGCGAAGCUGGGGAUGUAAUUAUACUAGCUGACGAACCAAAUCAAUCUAUCCCGAUUAAACGAGAGAUGUUUGAGAAACGCAAGAAUAAUGUGAAGGAAAAAGAAGAAUUUGUUAUUUGUGUGGAAUGUGGUAGACGAUGGCAUAAAGUCUGCGCCUUGCACAUGAACGAAAUAUGGCCAAGUGGAUAUAUUUGUCCUGGUUGUUUACGGGAGCGCGGUAUAAAGCGGAAAGAAAAUCGGUUCACUGCUAAGAAGCUACCCGUAACGCGCUUGAGCAAUUUCUUAGAAAAGCGUGUUAACGAUUUCCUUAAGAAAAAAGAAGUUGGUACUGGAGAAGUUACUAUUCGCGUGCUGGCAAGUUCUGAUAAGGUUGUAGAAGUUAAACCUUUAAUGCGUGCAAGAUUCACUGAAAGUGGCGAGUUGUCUGAAUCGUUUCCUUAUCGACUGAAGGCUGUGUUUGCUUUCCAAGAAAUCGACGGCCAGGAUGUGUGUUUCUUCGGUUUGUACGUGCAAGAAUAUGGUUCAGAAAGUCCUCAACCCAAUCGUAGAAGGGUUUAUGUUGCUUACCUAGAUUCAGUCUUCUUUUUCCGACCAAAACAAUAUAGAACAGAUGUGUAUCAUGAGAUUCUCGUUGGUUAUCUUUUGUAUGCAAAGCGAUGUGGUUAUGCGAUGGCACACAUAUGGGCUUGUCCACCUGGCGAAGGCGACGAUUAUAUUUUUCAUAUGCAUCCUACCGAGCAAAAGAUUCCCAAAGCAAAGAGACUGCAGGAGUGGUACCGUCGGAUGCUUCAAAAGGCUAUCAUAGAAGGAAUUGUGGUGGACUACAAAAACAUCCUGAAAGACGCAUUAGACCAUCAACUUGUGUCACCUACAGAGAUCCCUUAUUUUGAAGGUGAUUUUUGGCCAAAUACACUUGAAGAUAUUCUUAAGGAACUGGAAGAGGAGGAAGCUCGUCGGCGUCGUGAGGAGGCAAUGGCUCAGGCAGAGGCUGAAGAUGAUGAAGCAGAUUGUUCAAGUUCCACUAAUGAGGGGCUGCCUGGAGAUCCUGAUAAGCGCAGUGGUAAAAAGAAGGCUAAGAAACGCAAAGGUAACAAGAAAGGCAAUACAUCAACUGCAAGUAAAAGAAAACGCCUAGAUGGACCAAUAGACGGUGCUGAAGAACUUUCACGGAAGGUGUACGAUACUAUGGAAAAAUUAAAAGAAAUAUUUUUUGUGAUACGCCUUCACCGACAUAACUCGGCUGCCUCACUUCCACCCACCACUGAUCCAGAUCAACCUGUACAUAGUGAGCUAAUGGAUAGUCGAGAUGCGUUCUUACAGAUGGCCCGGGAAAGGCAUUUAGAAUUUUCAUCUUUGCGUCGUGCUAAGUAUUCUUCUAUGGUCCUGUUGUAUGAACUGCAUAUGGAAUUGCGUCAAAGCUUUAUGUAUAACUGCAAUGUUUGCGGUGCUCAGAUCGAAACUCGAUGGCAUUGUAAUGAGUGUGAAGAAUAUGAUCUGUGCUCUCGUUGUUAUAAGACAGAAAAUCAUCCACAUCCUAUGGUUCAAUAUGGUCUUGGUAUAGAUGAAGAUUCAAGCACAAAUGAAGAAACAGGUGAUAGACCCAGUGGUACUGGUGCUACACCUGAUCGUCGAAUCAGCAUAGAAGGAUGCAUAAGGUCUUUACUUCAUGCUUGCCAGUGCCGGGAUGCAAAUUGCCGCAUGCAGACUUGUGCUCAGAUGAAACGAGUUUUAUGCCACACUCGAAACUGUACCAAAAAAGCGACAAAUAGUUGUUUGCUCUGUCAACAGCUGUUGUCGUUGCUAUGGCACCAUGCUCGAAGUUGUGAAGAGUCUAAGUGUCCUGUUCCCUUCUGCUCAAACAUAAAGUAUAGAGUUAAGCAAAAGCUAUUGCAGCAGCGGUUGCAACAAAAUAAGUUGCUCAGACGUCGUAUUUCGACAAUGCACCGAGGAGCACUGCCAACCAGUGAAUCACAACCUCCUACACAAAGUUGUCCUACCUCUGUAAUAGCAUCUAUCUCUUCUACUUCUUUAAAUCCAAGUAGCAUUAAUUCAGUGCAUCAAAAUCAAUCUCCCAUUCACCAGUCCUUAACCACGAACACAGUGAGAAACCCACAGUUAUCUACUUCCUCAAACUCAGUAGAAAAGCCUCUAAGUAAUACUACCCCUGUGAGUUUUCAACCACAAACUCAGGUACAACAACAAGGUCCAGUGUUGCUUUCCACGGGAAAUCCUCAAUAUUCGCAGCCAUCUCGUAUCCCAGUACCGACUGUCGCUUCUCAGAACAAUCAGGGUGCAAACCCACGUCCACCUGUUGUAUGUUCUUCAUUAAUGCCUUCCGGAGGUCGUGUCAUAAUGCAGCCACCAAUAAAUACAGGCCCAGUACAACGUACAAAUACUCCAGUCACUGUAUCCGUCACUUCAGGUUGGCGACCUCGCCCAGUAAUAGCUACUGCAUCUCAAGGUACAGUUCACUCGUCUACCGGACAACAAUCACAAGCGCAGCCAACUUCUGCAACAUCAACUCACUCUUCUGUGUCUGUUCUUAACCCUGUAAACAGUCAAAAACCAACCAUAUCUAACAAACCUACGCAAGUUGAGAUAGACCAUGUUAGUCAAGUAAUUAGCCUUAUUAAGGCUACCGGGACUUCAAGCGAUGAACAAAACCGUCGGUUUAUCGCAUGGAUCAAACGCCAUCCCGAGUUUCAUGCUGCCUUUUUUGCUCUACACUCGCAACAUAAACAACAAGCUGAGCUACGUGCUCAAGCAAAUCAAAGGCGUGUGACUACUUCGGGAAGUAUGCCUGGUACGUCAUCACUAUCUACGAGUUCUGCACUUGCAACUUCCUCGAUAUCUGAUGCCUCCCAAUCUCUUCUAGGUUCUAGUGGGGUUUCGGGUAAUGUUGUUAUCGUUCCAUCAUCUGUGUCCGCUAAUUCGAAUUCUCAGAACACAGGAUUAAAUCGAACCCAAAAUAUAAACAGUCUUUCUACACCUAUGUCGUCCAUGUCUGUCGUUACUGGUUCAACCUCUUUAGGUUCCACUCCUGCUGUGAUGCAUCAACCUGUUCAAUGGAUUUCUAUUCAGUCACCAAUCACUACAAAUCAUCACCAACCGUUGAUUACUGGAUGCACUGCACAACCAAUCCAAACUGUCCCAAACACUACGACUCUGCGUUUCCGAGCAGUUCCGGGUACUGCGACAUUAGUGCAGUCACAACCACAACAAGUACAGCAUUUCUAUAAUACGACUCAACUUGGUCCAGACUCUGCGUUCACUGGCAAUGAAUCUGGAUCUAACAUGUUUGUUUCAGCUACUGGUUCCAAUAUAUUGUCUGUAGGAAAUCAGCAGUCUCAAGUUCUUAGUGCUGUUCCUCAGCGCUUAACCCCAGCUUCAAGUUCAAAUAUGGGUCGUCAGUCCUCUACACCACAAGCAGCUAUUGUACACUUUAGAUCACAGCAACACCAACCCUUGAGUGGUACAGUGAAUCCUAUGCAGCCUCACAUAAUACUUACUAACACAACCGCUCCUGCAAGUGGCCCAACCCACCUCUCUCACCAGUCCCAACCACAACUUGUUUCUGCCACUUCCAAUGGUCGUCAGGUUGUUGCUUUAAUGACUCACCAAAAUAUUCCUCAUAUAAAUGUUUCUGAUCCAGGAGCCCUUUACGUGAUUCUGGUUCCAAUAAUUCUGCUAAUAACCUUGGCAACGGCAUACAAUGAUUUCUAUCUUUAAACGUGGCGGGAACACUUUCACGUUGCUGGCUGUGUAAGUAAUUUUAAAGCCGUCUUUGAGCUGACAUGACAUGGUCAUGUUUUCUGUAUCAAUCCAAGUGCUAGUUAAUUUAUCCCAAAUUACACUGGUAAAAACACA